UUUUUAUUUUCUAAUUGAACUAAAUUGUAUAUAUUUCCUCAUAAUAUCUAAUAUAAAAAUAUGGAUUCCCGAGAUUUAAAUUUACCAUUUUAUAUGGUAUACUGUGGUGUAAUCGCCGGUAUAGGUGCUUUCUCAAACGGUUGGACAAUUGGUUCUACCAAUGUUCCCGGUGAUAUCACACACAAUUGUCCUACUGGUGAUGCUCACGUUAAGAAUCCUGCUUUCCCUGACUGUCUGCCAAUGUCUACUGGUUUAUGGGGUUUCGCAGUUUCCUCUUUUUGUAUCGGUGGUUUAUUUGGUAGUCUUGUUGGUGGUCAUAUCCAAACAAGAUUGGGUCGUAAAAUGACAAUUGUCGUAAACAAUGCUGGUUUCAUUUUAGGUGGUAUCUUGAUUGGUUGUUCUGUUCACACUGCCAUGUUUAUCAUCGGUCGUAUUCUGUGUGGUCUGUCUUGUGGUCUUGGUUCACUUGUUAUUCCCACGUAUCUUGGUGAAAUUUCCACACGUAAAGGCAGAGGUCUUCUUGGUUUCUUUAAUCAAUUCUUUGUCGUAACUGGUAUCUUGUUAUCUUCUAUUAUUGGUUUGCCCACUGCCAAUGUUCCUUUAUGGCGUUUGAACUACGCUAUUGUUGCUAUUCCUGCCAUCUUUCAAGUCUUUAUGAUGUUCACCUGUGUUGAAUCACCUCGUUAUUUGAUUUCUGUUGGUCGUGUAGAAGAUGCAUUGAUUAGUCUUCAAAAACUGCGUGGUUCUGCUGAUGUUUCUGAAGAAUUCUUUGAUAUUGUUGCUGGUCAAGUUGGUAGGAAGAAGGCUGUCCGUCUCUUGAAGGAAAACUCUCAUGACAAGCAUCUUGUCAAGCUCGAACAUGAAGAAGACGAAGCUGGCGAUGAUGAUGAUGAAAGACGUCCUCCUAUGAAUGUCAUUGAAAUCUUUACUGACCCUGUUAUUCGCAAGAUUACUCUGAUUGUUCUUUUCCACCACUGUAUUCAACAACUUUCUGGUAUGAAUGCUGUCAUGUACUACUCUACAUCUAUUUUCCAACAAGCUGUCAGCCCUCAAGAAGCUCAAUACAUGGCUAUCUACACAACACUUGUCAACUUUGGUAUGUCUAUUAUUGCCAUGUUCUUCAUUGAUCGUGCUGGUCGUCGCGUCUUGCUGAUUGCUGCUGAAACUGGUACUUUUAUCUUCUCAGUCUUGCUUGUCAUUGGUUACCGUUACACUAUCCCUAACCUUUUGGUUGCUUCUGUCUUCUUGUAUGUUGCCAGUUUCGCUAUCGGUAUCGGUCCUAUCCCUUGGAUGAUUACUUCUGAAUUGACUCCCAUCUACGCUUCCUCCAGUGUCGGUGCUGUUGCUACUGCUAUGAACUGGGCUAUGAACUUCCUGAUUGGACAAAUUUUCCCUGUCAUUUUCGCAGCUAUUCAAGGUUGGUCUUUCUUGAUUUUCGCCAUCAUUUGUGCUAUUUCUGCUGUUACUUCUUUCCUCUUCUUGCCUGAGACUAAGGGUAGACCCAUUGAAGAAAUUGUCGCUAGUUUUACAAAGAAAUAA